AUGGGAACGCUUGUUAGGACACUUGGCACAGAUGUGAAACAACUGAAAGAGCAGGUGACGACAAAUACCCCAGGAGGCUCAUCUUUGACGGGUGUUAUUACCACAUCCACUCAACCACAAAACACGCAGUAUGGUCACGUUGCUAUAGCAGGAGAUGCUCCAGCACGGCCAGCGGCGCCCAAGAGAUGCAAUAUAUUCAAUGAAGGUGAAACCGCAUCCAAACGACAGAGACUUGAUAACCCGGCCCAAGGCGUGGCGCAAGGAAAGCAAAUGAACGUCUUUUUGGGCAGCGACGACAAGAAGUCACCUGCAAAAAGACAGGAACCAUCCCUCAGUAACAGUGACCAAGUGGGCGCAGUAAUGGAGACAGAUGGAAGGGGUCUGAUUUGA